UCGGGGAAAUAUUACUUCAGUGGUGCGGUUCGCAUAUCAGCAGGGCACCUAAGAGGAGCGCUCGGACAGACGGCCGGGGGCGGCAGAGGAGAUAAGUCAUGGAGUACUUUUCGGGAGGUGCAGCAGAUGUCCCAGCAGAGUCAGACUGUCCCGUAUGCAAAGAGGACUUAAAAGAUCCCACCCGACCAUCCUCCUGCAGCCAUGUGUUCUGCCGGUACUGUCUAACACAGUCGCUGAGAGCCAGACCGCACUGCCCUGUCUGCAGGGCCGCAGCCGAUGAGCAUCAGAUCUUCCCAGCCAAUGACGUGCUGGCUCAACAAACAACAGACACCCAGAGGGGUCGCCGCGGCGACGUGAGGGACAGGCUCCGGAGGUACGGCGCGGCCCUGCCCGUGGUGGACCGCUUCGAUACGGUGUCGUCACGGCGACUGUCCUCCAGCAUACAAGAGCGCUUGCUUCGUCUACAGGCUUCGCAGAACGGGACUCCUCCUGCACCCCCUGAACCUGCUGCCCCACCUGAGCCUGCUGCCCCGCUCACCCUGCCUACCCUGGCCCCUGGGGUCCCAGAACCCCCCAGGCCUCGCCCAGUGGCCCCAACCCCGAGGAUCAGGAGCGGCCUUUUCGGUCUCGCCCAGUACUUCUUUCAGACUCCUGUUGUCCCCCCCACCGAUCCCACCCCCCUGUUGACACCACCCCCUCCUACUCCACCCAAUUCAGUGGGGGCCAUGGCCCCUUCCCCUCAGGAGUACCCCUCGUCUCCCGGUUCAUCUUCUUCGUCUUCAGAUGAAGAGUCCUCCUCUUUGGAUGACAUACUGUUUGAUUACGAGAUGGAGCAGUCACAGCAUGUAAGUCCUGUGGAGCUGCUCUUCAGCUGCCCUUACUGCCAGGAGGGGGGGAUGGACGAGCUGGGUCUGCUGGACCACUGCAACACCAAUCACAGAGCCGACCCCAGGCGUGUGGUGUGCCCCAUAUGCGCGUCCUUACCUCACGGGGACCCCACCUAUCAGAGCGUGGACUUCAUCGGACACAUCAACCGGCGACACCGCUACUACAACCAAGACUUCAUGGAUGUGACCCAAAACGAGGGCAUCAACGAACAAGCCGCAAUCCUGGCCUCGUACAACUCGCUGGUGCAGAACAAAUAAAGUGAUGUUUUCGCGUCGUCUGCACUUGGCCGUUUGUCUUCUGAAAUCUACGCAGACCCGGUGGUGCCCGCUAUGGAAGCGCUGAGCUGCAAAGACGCCUUCGAUUUACAGCACGAGCAAGAUCAGAACGUGCGCUCACUUGUGAACUUGCUGCAAUAUAUUAGUGAUAAGCCGUUUAUAAAGCCAAAGAUAGCAUUAUUAAUACCUUACCAAAUAUACUGUAAAGCUCAUAACCGCAAAGUCUGUCGGGUUUUCCCUUGGUUUCCAGAGGGCUUAGGCGCUCUCAGCUAUAUUUUGGAAAAGUGUUUUUUGUUGUUGUUGUUGUUGUUGUUUUAAUAUAUGAAAAAACGAUUUGACCAGCGGGUUUCAUCAGAAAAAGACGUUACGCGUGAACACAGCCUAACUUUCUUCAACUACCAAGCCACGUUUGAUACUAACGUUAGUUCAAUUGAGGUAUCUUUAUGUAACGUCCGCUAACUAGCUUCCCGUCCGUGAAACCUGGAUUAGGAAAAACACCCUGCGGCGUUGGCCCGGGACAAGCACACCCAAGAUGUGAAUGCCGAUUGAAGCCGCAGAAUAAUCAAUAUGAAGUAUAUGUAGUCUCCAUUGUUGGGUUAGUGAUAUGAGCUCAUACACUGCCAGUGAUUUAAUAUCUCAGGUCUUUCUAUACUUAUCAGGGAGUUAGUGAUUAUUUCAGUCCUGGACUUCAUAAGCAAGAGAGCUUCACUGCGUACGAAACAGAAAGCAAAGCUUUUUCUAUUUUUUAAUGUGCAAUAUAUUUUCUUGUAACUCUCAAAGGCAGAAUUUCGUUUCGUCAGCUUGGGGAAUUUAUAAUUAACUGAAUGUGAAAUAUAGGAUGUCUGAUUUGCUGCAUAUCGAGGUUUAAGUCCCUCAGAUAAGUAAUACAACGAUCUGGGUACCUGCGCUGCUUAACUAUGCACUUAAGAUACGUUUGCACGUUUUUUUUUUUUUUUUUUGUCAUGAAAUCAUAAAAAUAUGUAACUAUUUUAAUAUAAAUGUUAUAAAAAUCAACAUGUUUAUAUAUGUCAAAGAAAUUGAUCACUUUCCCAUGUUGUUCUGCAAAUAAAUUACUGCAAAAGCUAA